CGGGGUCACCUGCGGGGCUUGAAGUACUUACUUGUUCCAAGCCUACUAUAUCCCUUUUGCACAACUUCACCAAGUUCUUGUCGCGCCAGAAGUAACCAUGGUUCUUUCUAAGCCCGAAAAUAAACACGUCCUCAAAGCUUUUGACCUCACCGGCAAGGUCGCUGCCGUUACAGGUGGUGCCCGUGGGAUUGGGCUAGAGGUCUCAAGAGCUCUCGCGGAAGCUGGUGCCAGCGUUGCUCUCAUCUAUAACUCGUCCAAGAAUGCGGAAGCACUUGCCGAAGAGAUCGCAGCCACGAACAAUGUCAAAACAGCCGCAUACAAAGCUGACGUUGGAAACCAAGAGGAUAUAGAGAAGGUCAUUCAACAGAUCGCUUCCGAUUUUGGCAGACUUGAUAUCAUCGUUGUUAACUCGGGUGUCACCUCGAACAUUGCGGCCGAAGACUACACCUCGGAGCAAUGGCGUGACAUCAUGAAGGUCAAUCUGGAUGGCGCAUUCUAUAGCGCUCAGGCCGCUUCUCGGAUCUUCAGGGAACAGGGACAUGGAAAUGUUAUCUUUACAGCCUCUGUCAGUGCGACGUUGGUGAACGUGCCUCAGAAGCAAGCUGCGUAUAACGCUUCCAAAGCUGCCGUGGUACAAAUGGCGAAAUGUUUAUCAGUGGAAUGGGUUGACUUCUGCCGUGUCAACUGCAUUUCCCCUGGGUUUAUCGCUACUGAGAUUCUCGAUAUUCACCCUCAGGAAUGGCGUGAGAAAUGGAACAGCAUGAUACCGGCUCAGCGAAUGGCGGAUGCCCAUGAGCUCAAAGGAGCUUAUGUGUUUUGCGCCUCCGAUGCCUCGAGCUAUAUGACUGGGGCGAACAUUGUGAUUGACGGUGGCUACACGCUUCCUUAGGGAGAGUU